AUGAUUAAAACCGAAACAACAGUGAUGAUGAUUGGAUCUCAUUCACCAUUGUCGAAUAACGACGAUAUGGAACCUAUGAUAGUAGAUAUUGAUGCAUCAAAUAAAAAAUUACCUAAAAAUCCUGUACAAUUUACAGUUGAAGAUUUAUGUGCACAUUUUGAACCAAUAAUUUACAAAAUGAUCGCCUCGAAAGAUUCAUAUCCAUUUCAACAACCGAUUGAUCCUGUUGCACUUAAUAUACCUGAUUAUCCAACAAUAAUUAAACAUCCAAUGGACAUAUCAACCAUACAUAAUAAAUUAUUACGCGGAGAAUAUAAAAAUCCAUUAGAAUUCUGUGAUGAUGUAUGGCUUAUGUUUAAUAAUGCAUGGCUUUAUAAUAGAAAAACUACACAUAUCUAUAAAAUGUGUACAAAACUUGCAGAAUUAUUUGUUAAAUCUGUUGAUCCUGUUGUACAAGCAUUAGGUUAUUGUUGUAGUCGUCAAUAUGUAUAUUUACCACAAGUUUUAUUAUGUUAUGGAAAGCAGCAAUAUUGUCAAAUCAUAGUCAAUGCUAAUUAUUAUUAUUAUAACAAUUCAGAACCAUCACGAUUUAAUUUAUCCAAUGAUAAAUAUACAUUUUGUACGACAUGUUUUAAUUCAGUUCAAAGCAAUUCGAUAUUUAUCGGUGAUGAUCCAACACAAACAUUAAUUGAAAUACCAAAAUCACUAUUUUUAUUAGCUAAAAAUGAUAUAAAAGAACUUGAAACAAUGAUUGAUUGUAUUGUUUGUACACGUCGUUGGCAUCAAGUAUGUGCAUUACAUUUAGAUCAAAUAUGGCCUGAAGGUUUUAUAUGUAAUACAUGCAUACAUCAAUAUAAUCUAAAACGUAAAGAAAAUCGUUAUAUAGCAUCGGAAUUACCAGUCAAUAAUUUAUCAAUACAAUUAGAAAAACGUGUUAAUAAUUUUUUACACAAUCACAAUUGUCAAACAAGUCAUGUAAUAAUUCGAAUAUUAUCUGUCAGUGAUAAAAUAUGUAAAGUAAAACCAAACUUAAAAAAAUAUUAUCCAUGUCAAGCAGUAAAUGGUUAUCCAUAUCAAACAAAAGCUAUAUUUGCUUUUCAAGAAAUCGAUGGUGUUGAUGUUAUUUUCUGUGGUAUGUAUGUACAAGAAUAUGAUGAACAUUGUCCUGCACCAAAUACACGUCGUGUUUAUAUAUCAUAUUUCGAUACAGUACAUUUUUUUCAACCAAAAAUUUAUCGCACAGAUGUUUAUCAUGAAAUUUUAAUUGGUUAUUUGGAUUAUGUUAAACAACAUGGCUAUAUGUAUGCUCAUAUAUGGGCUUGUCCAGCACAUGAAAAUCUUGAUUAUAUAUUUCAUCGUCAUCCAUCUGAACAACGUAUGCCAACGUUAAAGCGUAUACAAAAUUGGUGUAAAAACAUGUUGAAUAAAGCAAUUGCAGAACGUAUUGUUAUUAGUUAUAAGGAUAUUAUGCAAGAUUGUUUGGAUAAUCAAGUACAAACAAUUCUUGACAUUCCAUAUUUCGAUGGCGAUUUUUGGCCGUAUAUGAUUGAAAACUAUAUUGAAAAAAUUGAAAAAGAAGAAUAUGAAGAAUUAGAUAAUCCAUUUGAAUCAGAAAAUUCAACCAAUAUUUCUAGUAAACGUAAAUCUGCAAGUACAGAUGAAAACAAAAGAUUGAAAAAAACGGCUGAUCGAAUGUCAAAUUCUUCUUAUUUACUAUCUACAAUAUUUUCAGCUAUGGAAAAAUACAAAGAGACAUUCUUUGUUAUUCGUCUUCAUAAUGAAAUAACAUCCUAUCCAACAGUUCAUGAUAUUAAUGCUGUAAUUCAAUGUGAUAUAAUGAAUACGAGAAACAUAUUUUUAAGUUUUGCUUGUCAGAAGAAUUAUGAAUUUUCUUCAUUACGUCGUGCAAAAUUUUCAACUAUAUCUUUAUUAUAUGAAUUACAUACAUCAACAACAGAUAUAUUUACAUAUUAUUGUAAUGCAUGUCGACAACAAUGUGACAUAUAUUAUCAUUGUACAGUAUGUGAAGAUUUCGAUUUCUGUGAAAAAUGUUAUAAUAUGGAUCCAAAGCAUGAACAUAAAAUGAAACGUUCAAUGUCAUCAAUAGUUCGUGAAAGUCAAUAUGGUAAACAUAAUUCAUUAAAUGUUGAUGAUAAAUCUAUAACAAGUAUAUUGUGUAAAAUUACAAAGAUGAAAAUUAAUGCAACAUUGUAUUGA